AUGGAUCUCAGGGCACCAAUUUUGGAAAUUGCCUUUUCAAAGACAUAUCGCCUUCUGUCACAAUACCAUUUUGACUCUCGAUAUCCAGCUGACAAAGAAAUGACGAUCGGAUUUUUGAACUGGAUUAACUUUCGCGACCGUGAUGUCCGCCGGAAACUUCGAGUGAAAAUAGUUUUUAUUGAAAACUCAAGCGAAGCAUCCGAGACCACCAAUGAUAUAAUUCAAAAUAUGAUGACGCCAUCACACCUGAAGGUCUAUAAGGAGAGAGAGGAGGUCAAGAAUACUUUCGAAGCCGAACCAAUCGAACGUCUCCUGCAGAUUUCUAAGAUACUUGUCGACAAGGGUCACGCCGAAAUGGAAAGUGGCGAUGAAAAGGCAGCCAAAGACGCUUACCACGCCGCUUCAUACUCACUAUCUGAGUGGGACGCUCAGCGUGGUUUCAACACCUCUGGAUGGGCGAAUAUAAGUUUUGAAGCUUUAGCUUCCUUGUGCGAAAUUUAUGCUCAUCUUAACCAAGCUCAAGAAGCCCUCUAG